GAGGGAGCUACAGCUGGACUGGGGGGCGCGUCUGGGCAGGAGGUGGGCACAGACAAGUAUUGGUGACACUUCUGAGAAUUGGCCACAAGUGAAUGAGGCACACACUUGUGGGCGAAAAGUACAUAUUGGAUGUGAGAAGGACAUCUGGAUAUGGGAGCCUCUCGGAGGUAGGGGCUACAGCUGGAUGUGACGACCCAUGGGGUCACAUCUGGGGCAACAGCUUUAUAUCGGAGACACAUCCAGGGAGGAGGGAGCCACAGGCGCCCCAGGAUGGAGUCCCCACCCAGCACGGCGGGGCAGGAGGAGCAGGAGCUGCGGGAGCGUGCCUUCUUCUCAUGGGCCGAGUUCAGCCGCUUCUUCGACGCGUGGUGCCAGCAGCGGCUGGCGCUCUUCUUCGUCAAGAGCUCCAUGCACCUGGCGCGCUGCCGCUGGGCCAGCGCGCCCCCGCUCUACACGCUCAUCGACGUGCUCAAGUACAGCUACGUGCGGCUCGUGUGCAAGGACGUGCGCGCGCCCAGCCGGCCCACCGUGGGGCCCCCCCAGCCCGGCUGCCCGGCCUUCAUCAUCGUCAAGCUGAGCCCGCUGCGGGACCGCCUCGUGGUGACGGAGUGCCAGCUGACCCACUCGCACCCGGCCUGCCCGCUCGAGUUCGCCUACUACUUCCGCCCGGGCCACCUGCUGGCCAACGCCUGCCUGCCGGUGCGCACCACCAACAAGAUCUCCAAGCAGUUCGUGGCGCCGGCCGACGUGCACCGCCUGCUCUCCUACUGCAAGGGCCGCGACCACGGCGUCCUGGACGCCCUGCACGUGCUCGAGGGGCUCUUCCGCACCGACCCCGAGGCCAAGGUGAAGCUGGUGUUCGUGGAGGACCAGGCGGUGGUGGAGACGGUGUUCUUCCUGACGUCGCGCACGCGGGCGCUGCUGCGGCGCUUCCCGCGCAUGCUCCUGGUGGACCGGCUGCCGGGGCUGCAGGGCGCGCUGGACCUGCUGGCCGUGCUGUGCGUGGACGGCGCGGGCCGCGCGCGCCAGGCCGCCUGCUGCGUGGCGCGCCCGGGCACGCCGAGCCUGCUGCGCUUCGCGCUGGCCUCGCUGCUGCAGAGCGCGCCCGACGUCAAGGGCCGCGUGCGCUGCCUGACGGCCGGGCCCGAGGUGGCGGCGCAGCUGCCCGCCGUGCGCCAGCUGCUGCCGGGCGCGCGCGUGCAGAUCUGCCGCGCGCAGGGCCUCGAGACGCUCUUCAGCAAGGCGCAGGAGCUGGGCGGCGCCGGCCGCGAGGACCCGGGCCUGUGGCCGCGCCUGUGCCGCCUGGCCGGCGCGGCGUCGCCCGCCGCCUACGCCGAGGCGCUGGCCGAGCUGCGCGCGCACGGCCCGGCCGCCUUCGUGGACUACUUCGAGCGCAGCUGGGCCCCGCGCCGCGACAUGUGGGUGCGCUUCCGAGCCUUCGAGGCGGCCCGGGACCUGGACGCGUGCGCCCUGGUGCGCGGCCACCGCCGGCGCCUGCUGCGCCGCCUGAGCCCCUCGCGCAGCGUGGCGCAGUGCCUCCGCGACCUGGUGGCCAUGCAGUGGGCCGACGCGGCCGGGGAGGCGGCGCCCGAAGGCCCGGACGCUGGGGGGCCGUGGCCGGAGGGCGAGCCGGGGAGGGGAGCCCCCGUGGAGGAGAGGGUGAAGGGCCUGGAGAGCGGGGACUGGGGAGGGGCCCCGAAAGAAGGCAGUAUUUGGAGAGGCGCCCCGUUGGAGAAGGAGUGGCCCCGAGGUUUGGAGGCCAGAGACCGGCGAGGGGCUCAGUUAGAAAGUGAGAUGGGGAGAGGCUUGCAGAUCCAAGACUGGAGAGAGGUCCAGUUGGAGAACCAGAAAGCGAGAGGGCUAGAAGAGAGCGUUUGGAGAGGGUCCCAGCUGGAGAACGAGCCGUGGAGAGGACCAGAGAUCAGAGACUGGAGGGGGGCCCUGUUGGAGGGUGAGAAAGAUAAGGGACCGGAAGGUUAUGUCCGGAGAGGCGCCCGGCUGGAGGACCACGGGCUGAGAGGAUUGGAAGGGUAUACCUGGAGGACGGCCCAGCUGGAGGAUCGAAGGAUCAGGGUGCUGGAGACCACAGACCGGAAGGGGGCCCCGUUGGAUUGUGAGAGGGCCAGGAGUGUUGAAGGGAGCCCCUGGAGGGGGGCCCAGCUGCAUGAUGAGAGGGCACGUGGGCUGAAACCCAGAGAGUGGAAGGGGCCUCAGGUGGAAGCUGAGAAGGGAAGGGGGUUGGAGGUCAGGAACUGGAGGGGGCGCCAUUUGGAGAAGCCCAGGGAGUUGGUCCCUGAGAAUGGAGACCAAAGGGGACCCCAGUGGGGAGAUGAGAGGCAGAGAGGGCCAGAGAUUGGAGAAGAGAGAGGAGUGAGUUUGGGGGUCAAAAGAAGAAGGGACCUGGAGGAUGUAGUUCUGGUCCAGCUGGGGGACACAAGGAUGACAGGCCUGGAGAAUGGAGAGGGAGCCCCAUCUGUAGGCCCCAAGAGCAGAGGAGGACAAGGGAUGGAGUGUGGGGGCACAGGAGGGAGGUGUCUAGGGCUGGGGAACGGGGUCAUGUGUGGCACCCCGGUGGCGACGGUGUUUGAGGGUGAUCUAGAAUGGGCAGGGACAAGGAGAGUCUACCUGGCCACUGGGGAGAGCCUGCAGGAAGGGGGUGAAGAAGAAGGUCCAAGGGAACCGAAGAGGCCUUGCUGCCCCUCGGCAGAGGAAGAGGUGGACUGGGAGCCCCUGGCCAAGUUCCGGGCAGCCUGCGGGCCAGAGCUGGCAGACUUGGUGGCCGAAGAGCUGGCCUUUGCCAGGCAGCACGGUACCCGGGGUUUCCACUGGACUGGAGCUGGGUUUGCUCUUAAGGAUGGCACCUCGGACUUCUUCCUGGACAGGGCUCUGACCCGCUGCAGCUGCUCCAUCCACGCCGCCCGGCGUCUGCCCUGCCGACACCUCUUUGCAGCACGCCUCCUCACCGGGGCAGCCUUAUUCCACAUGGACCUGCUCAGGGAUUGCUGGGGGAGAGCCCCAGAGCCCUGACCCUUCAGGUCCCUGCCUGCCACCCUCCGCUGCGAGGUUGGGAGGGCAUUCUUCGAUCCCAAAGAUAAUAGGGCUGAGGCCAAGGAGGCCACCCCAGUCCCUCUGGCUACCUCCUGUGUCAUCCAGGGACCUCACCUUGGCCGUUUACCUCUCUGGGUGUGAGGGGGGCGGCUGACAAUGGUCUCCGAGGUCCUGGAGCCACAGUGUGGAAGAUGGUGGUGGCCAGGAUGGCUUCUGAGGGCUUCCCUCAGGAGAGGAAAUGUGUGAUGAGACGGGGGCAGAAGGAAGGAGGCUACAAAGCUGGGGGAGGGGAAGACACCAGGACAUGGGGAGAGCCCAGGCAGGAACAGAUGGUCACUCCAGAGAGUGCAGGGGUGAAGGAGAAAAGCAAGGGGGACUGUAGGAGGACAAGUGGGGGGUGGGGGGAGGAGAGAAACUAGCAGGGAGAUAAGCAGAGGAGAGAGGACAAGAGGAGAGGCAGAAAUGGGGAAAAGCAGAGGGAGGCAGGGGAGAAGGAGGCCAGGGUGGAGGACAGAGGAAAAAAAAAAACACACACACACACGGAAAGGAAAGGUAUGGGAGAUGGGGAGAGAAGGAACAAGAGGGGAGUGAUUUGAGAGUCUCGAAAGCCCAGAGGCUUGGAUCCCCUUGACCUUCUGGUUGGUCAUUCCCAGAAGAGACUGAAUGAGAGGGGGGGUCUGGGGGGAUGGGCUGGAGGCUCUCCAGUGGAAGAGGGGAACAGUCUGGACUAUUGUGCUUCAGGACUGGAAUAAAACAGUAUUAUUUUGGUUUCUGCACUGAGUUCCUGGCUUUUCGGGGAGAGAGGGGAGGCCUAGACUUGGAGAGAACCUGAGGCGCUCCAACAUUUCUUCUUCCAUUCUAUCAAUAAGACCUCCUGGGGCCAGAUGGAGUGGAGGGGCCAAAAGAAUCCAUCUCCCCCCAACAGCCCUCUUCCUCCCUCAUCUGGACCAGUAUCCCAGCGUGGCAAAUGAGUAGUCUGGGCCAAUCUCAGCCACUGUACCAGUGAAUGGUUUAAGAACGGGCGUGUGACCCAAUCCUGGCCAAUGGGCCUGCUCAGGGUGGGGGGCUUCUAAACAUGCUCUCAAUCCUAAGAAGCCCCAGAAUGGGAUGGUCAGGCCCAGACCUGCUUGCGAGCAUCUUGAUAGAGCGUGAGAAUGAAGCCAGUGCUGAGGGUGGCAGAGCUAAGAGAUGCCCUCUAUGAUCACCCCGAACACCCUGGGAGGUGGGCAUGGCACCCGUUUCCUAGCUAUGGAAAUUAAGUCGGAGAGAUUCAGUGACUUGCCAAAGGACACACAACAGGGGGUCCUCCCCAACUCAAACCUCCACCCCUGCACUUUUCCUCCCUCCCUCCCUCCCUCCCUCUCUCAAGACAGAUUGAGAGCGCGCAUGGCAGGGGGCUGCACAGGGAGAGGGAGAGGGAGAAUCUUAAGCAGGCUCCACACCCAGCAUGGAGCCCUACACAGGACUUGAUCUCACGACCCUGAGAUCAUACCCUGAGCUGAAAUCAAGAGUUGGGCACUUAACCGACUGAGCCACCCAGGCGCCCCAUAUAUGUCCCUGCAUUUCCAACGGCUCUCAUUAGGCAGCGAGUAGGGAUGGAGUCGUGCAGGGCUGGCUCCCCAUUCUGCUCUAUCACAGCACUUGCUGAGGCUUCCCCUCUCUGAACCUUAGUGGCUUCAUGUGGAAAAUGGGGAUAAUACUAACUCACCAAGGCUGGCUGGAGAAUUGAAAAUAAUGUGCUUAUACUGUCUAGUACGUGCCAAGCACAUCGGUAACUGGUUGUUAUUAUGUAUCAGCCUUCCUGCUUUCUUUGAGAGACUGAAAGUGUGCGUUAACGUUUGGUGACGCUCCAUGGGGAGGGGCUCCCCAUUUAUUUGUUAGCCCGGAUCAACAUCAUGACAGGUAUCAGCCAGGCUACCGGGAAUGCGCCACGCACAUUGGGGCGACCGGAAGCGCUUCUGCCCCGAGAUCCCCCGGUGAAUGGAGGCUCCCGUGAACCGCAGUGCACCUGGCCGGAAGGGUGAAGAUCGCAGCACUAAGUGGGGUGGGGGCAGCGAUAGGGAGGUGGCGAAGUCUGGGGAGACACCGAAAGGCACCAGGGGAGCCGGCGGUCUCGACCGUCCGUGGUUGAACAGGGACUCCCUUGCUGCGUCUCCCCCUCCUCGGCUAAUGGUCUCGCCCGAUCCCCGUUCCCGUGGGCCACCCCGGGACAUACCAAGUUUCCAGCACAGGGGUGGGAGGAGUGGGCCUGGGU